GCCCCAGGUUCCGCACAAGUUUCCGCCGCCGAAGAAGCAGGAGGCGAAGGCGGGGGAGGACGGACUAGGGGAGUCGUACGCCCCCGGCCCUCCCGCCCGCUAUGUGGGGGCGCUUCCUGGCCCCGGAGGCCGGCGGCCGGGACAGCCCCGGCGGAGCCCGCAGUCUCCCGGCGGGCCCAGAUUAUUCCUCAUCAGCAUGGUUACCUGGUAAUGAGUCCUUGUGGCAGGCCACAGCUGUUCCGUCCAACCAUCGAAAUAAUCAUAUCAGGAGACAUAGUAUAACUUCUGACAGUGGUGACACCGGCAUUGGAACUUCUUGUUCUGACAGCGUGGAAGAUCAUUCAACUUCAAGUGGCACAUUAUCUUUUAAGCCUAGUCGGUCGUUGGUUACUCUUCCUACUGCCCAUGUCAUGCCGUCUAACUCCAGCGCUACAGUUUCCAAACACAGGGAAUCAUUGACGUCAGAUGGCUCAAAAUGGAGUACUAGCCUCAUGCAAGCUUUGGGAAACCACAGUAGGGGAGAACAGGACUCUUCACUAGACAUGAAGGACUUCCGGCCCCUCCGGAAAUGGUCAUCUUUAUCCAAACUCACUGCCCCGGAUAACUUCAGCCAGGGUGGCAUUGUACACACUGAAGAGUCAAGGAGUGGUUUGGAAAAGACAGGGAGAGGCAAGGUUUUAACCUCGCAACUAAGAACAAUUGGGCCUAGCUGCUUACAUAAUAGUAUGGAGAUGCUUAAACUAGAAGACAAGGAAAUAAAUAAAAAACGAUCGUCAACUCUGGACUGCAAAUAUAAAUUUGAGAGCUGUAGCAAAGACGACUUUAGAGCUUCCUCCUCCACCCUUAGGAGACAGACCUUAGACAUGACAUACAGUGCCUUACCUGAAAGCAAGCCCAUUAUGACAAAUGCAGAGGCUUUUGAACCUCCGAAAUAUUUACUGCUUGGUCAACAGGCAGUAGGUGGAGUCCCCAUUCAGCCUUCUGUGAGGACACAGAUGUGGCUUACGGAGCAGUUGCGGACAAACCCAUUGGAAAAUAGAACUACAGAGGACUCUUACAGUUUAGCUCCUUGGCAACAGCAGCAAAUUGAAGAGUUUCGACAAGAAAAUGAAACACCAGUGCAGGUUUUGACCGGAUCCUCUCGUCAAAGUUAUUCACCUUCUGGCUAUCAGGAUUUCAGUAAGUGGGAAUCAGUGCUGAAAAUAAAAGAAGGACUGCUAAGGCAGAAAGAAAUUGUAAUUGAUCGGCAGAAGCAGCAAAUUAGCCACUUACACGAGAGGAUAAGGGAUAAUGAAAUAUGGGCACAACAUGCCAUGUUAGGACAUUAUGUGAACUGUGAAGAUUCUUUUGUGGCUAGUUUGCAGCCACAGUAUGAGAACAGUUCACUCCAGACUCCAUUUUGUGAUCAGUCAGUAUCCCAUUCCCAGCAAGAGGAACUUGAGCAAAAGCUUGCAUCUACUGAAAAAGAGGUUUUACAGCUCAACCAGUUUCUCAAACAAAGAAUAAGCCAAUUUAGUGAAGAAAAGAAGAAACUGGAGGAAAAGCUUAAAACCAGAGAUAGAUAUAUCAGUAGCCUGAAAAAGAAAUGUCAGAAGGAAUCCGAACAAAAUAAAGAAAAGCAGAGAAGAAUUGAGACCUUGGAAAAGUAUCUGGCUGAUCUUCCAACUCUAGAUGAUGUACAGAGUCAGAGUCUUCAGCUUCAGAUUCUAGAAGAAAAAAAUAAGAAUUUGCAAGAGACUCUGCUGGAUGCAGAAAAAAAGCUUGAAGAGAUCAAAAAACAGUGUCAAGAAAAAGAGGCACAACUAAUAUGCCAGAAAAAGAAAGAAAAGGAGUUGGUAACUACAGUUCAGAGCUUGCAGCAAAAAGUAGAAAGAUGCCUUGAAGAUGGAAUUCGCCUUCCCAUGUUAGAUGCAAAACAGCUUCAAAAUGAAAAUGAUACCCUGAGAGAGCAAAAUGAGAAUGCUAGUAAGAUAAUAGACAGCCAACAAGAUGAGAUUGAAAGAAUGAUUUUAGAAAUUCAGUCUAUGCAAGGGAAACUUUCUAAAGAAAAAUUGACUACUCAAAAGAUGAUGGAAGAGCUGGAAAAGAAAGAAAGAAACCUACAGAGAUUAACAAAAACAUUGCUUGAUAACCAAAGACAAACAGAAGAGACGUGCUCUUUAUUGGAUCAAGGCCAGGAAGGAGACCAAUCCAGGCAGCAGACAGUACUCACUAAAUGGCCACUAUCUGAUUUGAGUGUGAUUGAUCAGCUGUUCAAGGAAAUGUCCUAUUGUUUGUUUGACUUGAAGGCAUUGUGUAGUAUUCUUAAUCAGCGUGCUCAGGGCAAGGAGCCUAAUCUUUCCUUAUUACUGGGAAUCAGAUCAAUGAACUGUUCAGCUGAAGAGACUGAGAAUGACUACAGCCCAGAAACACUCACUAAAAAAUUGUCAGAUGUAUGCCAGUUACGGAGGGACAUUGACGAAUUAAGGACUACAAUAUCAGACCGCUAUGCUCAGGACAUGGGAGACAACUGCAUUACCCAAUGAUCAACUAUUGGUCCCACAGCAAUAAUGACCUAUUGUUAAAUGCU